CUGCAGCCUGCAGGGCAGUCGGAUAGGUAGUAGGUAGCAGGACCUCCAUUGCAUUGCCAUUGGCCGGCAGCUUCUUCAACUUGAUCUGCAUUUCGUCAAUGUGGCAAUGUCUUCUGUCGUCAUUAGACGUGGUGGGUUCGUCACGAGGACAUCCCGGAAGGUCACCCAAUAGACGACCCUUUGCUGCAGCCCUUUGUUGAAGUUUGCACCAUGAUCCGAUCUGGAAGGUCGCUCACACAUGUGAUCGUUUGGCCACUGCAUUCAGUGGUGGUUGCAACAGCAUUCUCCAGAAGGCGCCAAUGCUCCAGCAGACGCUAAGAGAGCUCAAUUUCCGUUGUAAAAGCUGCCCUCUACCUUUGCCACAACCGUGACUGCCAUGGCAACCCAGACGCUGACAGAAGAUGUGCGUGCCUGGCUUGAAAGAUUCAGCGCGGCGCUCGAAGAAAGUGACCUUGAGAAGGUGCUCGCGCUGUUUGGCGACCAAUGCUUCUGGCGUGACAUGGUGUCUUUCACCUGGAACGUCAAGACCGCUGAAGGCAAAGACGAGAUCCGCGCAAUGCUGGAAGCGACUCUCCCGAGCGCAGCGCCCGCCAGCUGGCGCGUCGAAGGUGAGGCGAUGGAGAUGUUCGGCGCCGUGACUGCAUUCGUUGCAUUUGAGACGGCCACCGGACGCGGAAAGGGGCACUUGCGCCUGGUGGACGGGAAGUGCUUCACGCUCCUGACCACCCUCUAUGAGCUCAAGGGCUUUGAAGAAAAGAUCGGCGCCUCACGGUUGCCGGGCAGAAACCUCGCCCCCGAGCCAAACCGCCAGUCAUGGGCUGCCAAGAGAGAACUAGAGCGGGGGGAGCUCGGGUACGGCAAGCAGCCGUUUGUGGUGAUUGUCGGUGCGGGCCACAGUGGUGUAAUGCUGGCGGCUCGGCUGCGCGCAUUGAAUGUGCCCACGAUUGUGGUUGACAAGGGAUCCCCCGGGGACAGCUGGCGCAACCGGUAUGGCUCGCUGCAUCUGCACACGCCGAGCUACAUGGACAACUUUCCGUACCUGGACUAUCCGGCGGGGUGGCCGACGUACCCGUCUAAGGACGAGAUGGGUGACUGGAUUGAGGCUUACGUCAAAAUCAUGAACGUCAACGUGUGGUCCCACAGCAGCGUUGAGUCCUCCACCUUCGACGACGAAAGCAAAGAGUGGGCCGUAGCUGUAACCCGCCCCGACGGCAAAACCCUAACCCUCCGCCCCAAACACCUGGUCCUCUGUACCGGGAUGUACGGGGAUCCCCGGGUUCCGGAUUUCUCGGGCGCUGAAAUCUUUGGGGGGUCGCAGCACCACUCCAGCCGGCACGGUUGCGGGGGCGCGGAUUUCGCCGGGAAGAAGUGCGUCGUGAUCGGGACGGGAACGUCGGGGCACGACGUGGCGCAAGACCUCUGGGAGAAGGGCGCUGACGUCACCAUGGUGCAGCGCUCGCCCGUGUUCGUCAUCCGCUCGGAGACGCUCGCGGCGGUCUACGUCGACCCUCUCUUCCACGACAGCUCGCCGAUGAGUCAGCAACACGCGGACCUGCUCAUGGUUUCCACGCCAUAUCGGCUGGUUGCGCCGUUCCAAGCCCCGAUGGUUGAAGAAAUAAAGAGGCGCGACGGCGAUCUGCACGAGCGGCUGCGCGAGCGGGGGUUCAGGGUCCACUUCGCGGAAGAUGGGUCGGGUUUAGCGGGGUUGCUUAACCGCACUGCCACGGGGUAUUACUACAACAUGGGGGCGUCCUAUCUGAUCGCAAGCGGCGAGAUAAAGGUUCGGAGCGGGGGCGUGGAAAAGGUCACCGAGCGCACGGUCGUUCUAACGGACGGGAGCCAGGUCCCGGCUGACGUCAUCGUCUACGCGACAGGCUCGCGGCCGGUGAGCGAGGUCGUCGCCCGAGUGACGUCACCCGAGGUCGCGGCGAAAGUGGGGCCUCUCUGGGGUUAUGGGUCGGGGUUAGACGGAGACCCGGGGCCGUGGGAGGGGGAGCUGCGCAACAUCUAUAAGCCGACGGCGCAGGAAGGGUUAUGGUUUCACAUUGGCGGGCUGGUGCAGACGCGCUUCGGGUCGCUUCUCGUGGCGCUUCAGCUGAAGGCGCGCUUCGAGGGGCUGCCGACGCCAGUGUAUCGGUGAGCGGCGGGGCGUGUUUGCAGCGAGGAAGCGAGAGACAUACAGAGAAUUACUGUUUUGGCAGCUUUGCGUGAUUGCUGGCAACGGGCUGUAACGUACGGAUCCAACGAGGGUGUCGAGUAAUGGAAAAUAAAGUAGAUUGUUUUGACCGUGUCUUAUCUGCGCUCUUAACUGUCGAUCUCAAUAAUAAGCUGGGUAUAGGCUAACACGUUUUUGAGCCCAGGAGUCUCGAUACCAGAUUGUACCUGCAAGCUGCAGGAUGAGUUUAAUUGACAAUCAUAGGACGCAGCGACAGGACUGCACACCCGCUCGCGAUAGUACCAUUCAAUUUUGGCAGCACUGCAACAAUCAGUGGAUUGACAGUCAGAUUACGUGCUAGCGCAACUGGACCGUCUGGGGAUUGAAUACGGGGGAUUCUGUAGAGCUGCGCGCAUCGCUGAACAGCUUUCCGUUUAGAGAAGCAUGCAUCCGUGUUAACCGAAGUACAAAGAGUUGUGGAAACGUUGGGACGUCGGGACACUUUUACCCUGAGAGAUUAAGAGAGACAAUCGUUCUUGUUGUCACAAAACUCUAUUUUCCAAUAUGUUCGCUGGCAGGCAUCCGGUCGCAGGCCGCACUACACUCACACGCGUACACGCACGCAUGAGUGUAUACAGUCGCUGCUGG